AUUUUUGUCUUUAAAGCCCAAGUUAUUAAUGUUUUCUUUACAUUUAAAGGCUUCUUUAUUUUAAGCUGUAGAUAGACUCGAGCAUGAUAUGUAGGGACUAACGUGGUUAUGGAAAAACUUGUAAUAAUAGUUCUUAAGUCAGUAACAAUUCUUUAGUGAGAGGAAGGGAGCAAAGUCCAAACGAAUAACUGGACUGUAGCUUCUUGAGCACCCUUACUGUCACUUCGGAACAUGAGCAAAAGUAUGAGCCGUUUUGAAAUACACUGUUUUUCAAGAUCAUAAUGAAGCAGAAAAAUGCAAGAACAUAGAAGAAGCUUUCUUUAUAAAAGAAGCCAGUUGCUUGCCCAGUGUAGAAGAUGGACCCCUGGAUUUUGGGAGCUCAGGAAAUACCACUUUCAAAAGUAUUUUUUCCUAGCUAAGAAGAAAAGACAACAUGCUCAGCUAAUUGUGAGCUUAAAUUGCAACAAAUUGCAUCUGAGACUCCAGUGUGGAAGGAAGGCACUUGAGCUCCAGAGCAGGUGGGCUCCUGAUGCGCUUCUAAAUGCCGAAACUUAUCAAAAACCUACUGUUGAACAUAGCGCAUUCAUUGCAAAAAUACUGAGGGCAAGAAGGUCCUGUCCCUAUGGUAAAACCAAAAGCCCAUCUGCUGAAGCAGUAAAAAAACCCCUCAACAAUGAAUCCUUUCAGCAUGAAGAUCCCUUGAACAAAGAACUAGAAACUGAUGCUGUUUUCGAUAGCAUCUGAGUCAAUAUCCAUUAUGUCUCAUGUAGUAUGCUGCAUGGUGCUGCCUUACCUGUAAUGAAAGAUGGUUUUGUGUGUAAUCGUGAGGAGAGAAAUAAUGGUGAGGGCAACACAGUCCUAGUAGUUUUAAACAACUGUGAAAGGAAAUGCUGUUGCAAAGGGAGUGGAAUGGAACUUGUGUCCCCUUGACAACUAUAAAGAGGUCCAAAUUUAACCAUCAUACUGUAAAAAAGAGAUCUUUGUUUAUGAUGCAUAAGAAACUUUCUAUGGUUAGGUUCCGGUACAGAAUUAUAAAAUCCCCCAAACUUCGAGCAAGAGGCAGAACCUGCAAAUCAAGAAAAAUCAAGCCAAGGCAGGUGGAGAAGGUUACAAGGGACCAUCAAGAGACUCUCCAUUGGGACUUUGAAGGUGGAUUGUGUAAUUGGCUUUCCUACUGGAAAUUUAAAAGUAACUGUCUUUGGAACCAGUACAGCUUAUCAGAUAUGAACAGUAAUACACCUGAAUUUUUAGGUGAGGGGAAUGAAAUAUGUGCAUCUGAGAUCUGCUGUACACAGGAUGUGUUACCGUGUACUGAGCUGUGUUCUGAGGAGCCAGAAUCCAGACGUCAGGAUGGCAGUGCUGAUGCUGCCCAGCCAGAACUGCACACUAGAGCUUCUCUGGAGGCAGAGACCUUGCACGAGGUGGAGACAGAUGAGGCUCUGGCAGAGGAUCAUUGCUCUGACCUUUUCAUCUGUGUGACAGAAAAAGAAAUUGCUAUUUCAGGUCAAAAUGAUGCAGAAUCAAAUCAGGUUAUGAGUGUAGAUGAAAUGAUACUGUUACAAUCCUCCUUGCAGGAUUCUGAUGUGAAUGAUAAUUUUGCAAAUGGACCUUUAUCCAUGGAGCUGGCACAAAGUGAGGACAGCUCUAGCCAAAUGGAAGUAGAGGGCUCUUUAAACCUGGACAUUUUUAGCGCAAAGUUACUAGAUCACCCUUACUGUAAAAGUCCUCUUGAGGAGCCUUCACCAGAAAGCACAGGACUAAAAUCGGGAACUCGGAAGGGAGGCAAAAGGAACAGUCAGAAAGCUUCCCGGGUGGCUGAUGAGCAAUUGACAACGUGGCUUUGUGGAUUCCUAGAUGAAGUUAUGAAGAAAUAUGGCAGUUUAGUUCCACUCUGUGAAAAAGAUGUCAUGGGAAGAUUAAAAGAAGUCUUUAAUGAAGAUUUCUCCCAUAGAAAACCUUUUAUCACCAGGGAAAUCAUGAAGUAUCGGGAAAAACAUCCAAAAUCCUCCACUUGCAAUUUCCGGGUCUUCUAUAAUAAGCACAUGCUAGAUAUGGAUGAUUUAGCUACACUGGAAGGCCAGAACUGGCUGAAUGACCAGAUAAUUAACAUGUAUGGUGAACUCAUAAUGGAUGCAGUCCCUGAAAAGGUUCAUUUCUUUAACAGCUUUUUUCAUAGACAGCUCGUAACCAAAGGAUAUAAUGGGGUAAAACGAUGGACUAAAAAGGUGGACUUUUUCAAAAAGGCUCUCUUGUUGAUUCCUAUUCACCUGGAAGUCCACUGGUCCCUCAUUACUGUGAACAUCCCCAAUCGAAUUAUUUCAUUUUAUGAUUCCCAAGGCAUUCAUUUUAAGUUUUGUGUAGAGAACAUUAGAAAGUAUCUGCUGACUGAAGCAAAAGAGAAGAAUCGCCCUGAGUUUCUUCAGGGUUGGCAGACUGCUGUGACAAAGUGCAUUCCACAACAGAAAAAUGACAGUGACUGUGGGGUUUUUGUGCUCCAGUACUGCAAGUGCCUCGCCUUAGACCAGCCUUUUCAGUUCUCCCAGGAAGAUAUGCCCCGAGUGAGAAAAAGGAUUUACAAGGAGCUGUGUGAACGCCAGCUAAUAGACUAAUACAAUACAGCCAACCAAUUUCUCUAGUAUUCCCGACAAGUUGCAGCUGGUGUUUGUGUACUUGAAUUUCUGAAAACUUCCGUGAAUUUUGAGCGACUCUCAGCUGAGUGGUGUGGCCACUGUUGUUACCUCAACUUUUUCUGACGAGCUCUUUACCUGGCAGAAUGUAACAGAGCUGCCACAAAAAUAUUUCUAAUGUCUGUUUUGUUCUCUUACAUUCUUUCCUGUAUUUAAUAUUUAUUAUCUAAGCAUGCAUAUAAGCAAAGCAUGCAACUAAAAACAUAAAACUGUAGAUUUGGUGCACCUUUGAAACGUAGCUAGAAAUGACAAAUACAAGUGAAUUUGUCUGGAAACAUAAAGAUGCAUGAUCUGUUUUCUGAUGCAAUAAUGCUUUGAAUGUAUCAAAAAAACUCAAUGCCAUAAAAAGAACAGCUAGAAGCUAUUUGAUUAUUCCAUUUUUCCCCAUUGUGGCUGUAUAAUAUUGAACUGCCUUUCUUUUAGGGUGACAAAUUCAUCUACAGAUUUGAUUUGUGGAGACCCCCUUUUUAAAUAGUUCAAGUUGCUAAUAAAAAGUUUGUUCUGUUUACAUUUUAUCCAGCUGUCAUUAUCAGCCUGUCUAUAUAGAUGAAAAGCAGCCUUUGCACAAAUAAAGCUUCAGCACUUGUCUGUAUAAUAAAAAGUACAGAGAUGUUCGGCCAGUCUGGUAGUAUAUUCCUGUGUGCUGCAGAAGUUUCCAUGAUGUGUGUAUUAAGGGCAUUAGAAAGCUGGUCCUGAAGUGUCAGUUUAGAAGCCAAGAUAAAAUCCUUGGCUGUAACUGUUUAAAUCUCAAAUGGCUUUGAAUCACUUUCAGUUCCAUGAUAUUAAUUGAAAUGUACCAUUUCAGCACCUUUCACUUCAGCUCUGUCUUCAAAUCAGUUCUCUUACAGCUUGUUGUUUACCAUUGGCUUUUGCCUUUGGUCAAAUAUAAAUCGAUUCACUUCUGCUGCAUCUGCUGUUUGAUUUGUCUCAAGCAUCUCCAGUUUUGUUUCUGUUCAGUAACACUGAUGGGUCCAUUUGGGAAUAACAGCACUUGUAGUGGGUGCUGUAAAAACUCAACAAAAUGAUGUCAUUCUGCUCCAGAGAGGCUGGAGCCUGCAAGUCCAGUACCAAACUUUGCCCAGGGCAGCAGUGCUGCACAGAUAAGUGAGAGCAGUGGAUCUUGAUGCUUCAUUUGUGGUCUUGCUCUGUAAACUAUGAUGUGCUUGUUCCUGAAGAGAGCUUGUUUUGUUUGGAGGGACUGUUGUAUGGGACAGCUACACCAACAAAUGUCUUUAGCCGUGUUUCUCUGACAGUUAAAGGACUGAGCCCAGGGGGAAAAUUAUUUUCGGUGCUAAAUAUCAUCCUUUGUACUGCUUCACCUAGUGUCUGUCCAUAGCCUUGACUUCUGGUGGAGGAAACUGCCUUGGCUUCCCUGUGUCUUGCAAAUUCAUUCAGGUUUGAGCCAAGCUAGGCGCAAAUCCCUCAGAUUGCUGGAGGGAGCAAGGAGAAAUGAGGGAGUGCCAAGUGCAGUCAGGCAAGGAAAUGAAAGCGUGUGCACAAUGCAUUGUGCUGGAGAAGGAGAUCCUGCAGUUUCCUUGUGUGUUCCUACUUCCCUUGCUGGCAAGGACUGGCUCACCUUAGCAAGAUAAGGAGGGCCUUGAGCACUUGGUUAGAUAAUUUAAACAGGGAACUUACUGAAUCAGAAUCUUAAAACCCAGACUGGCCAAAUAUAAAUUUACCCACUGUAUGGGGCAGAGGAGCCCACAACAUGUGGUUUCUAGGUAAAUCCUUCUCAGGGCCAGUGGCUGAGAGCAGUGGAGGGUGACUUCAGUGAAAACUGAAGCUUGGGAUGUAGUUUCUCAAGUGCUAAACUAAAGCAUGUAAGCCAGUACUGCCUUUUUCAUCUUCCCUUCUGCCAUGUGGUAGGACCAAUUGAACUGGCCCAGAUUAAAACUAACCCAGCCAAAAGGCUGCUCUUAACCCAGAAGAGUUCUAGGCCCAAUCUAGCUUGUCACUAAAGGUUUGUGCCAGCACAAAUGAAGAGGGAGAAUUGGGUGGCCAGGAAGAGACAUGAAAAGAGUGCCAAAUUUGGAUGUGUGAGUAAAGUUAUAUCCUCAAGCAAGGCUUACUGCAGAAAGGGAAUGAAAUACAGAAAGAAAACUGCAUGAACGAGUUGUUGUUACAUUCCAAACUUAGGAAGUUUGGUAAGGAAGCGUGGAAGACAUGCUGUGACAGCGUACCAGCCUGGGAGACUCUCAGUGCCUCUAAGGGAGCCUGUUACUUUUCAUGGAAGGUGCCUUGCUGAUGGGCAUUUUUUUCAUUGUGUGGGCAUGUGUUGGAGCACUGAACCACAGAUAAUCCCUUCCUGAAACUUGCUGCCUAUGUGGUAGGAAUCUGACUUCCUUUAUAUGAGAAGCUGGGAGGAGUCUUAAAUCUUGAUCCUGUAUCAGUAACAUCAGCAAAAAGGACAGUAUUUCUGUGAACUUUGUAUUUAACAGCAGCAUAGAUGCUUAGAAACAAGUUCAUCUGUGUACCAGAUCACUUGAGUGGAGGGGGUCUUGCAUUUGAAUCUGCUGCCUUGCGAGUUGAGGAACAGGGUGGAGAAAGAUGCAUAUUUAAAAAGUACUCCUUACUUGCUUGCGUGUCACCUAGAGGUUUGCUGACAAGUGUUCCAGUUGGCUAUGGGGCAGUGUAGAGAAGUUGCACUGGAGUAUCCAGCUAUGAACACACCAGUGAGAGGCCUCUGAAAUAAAGGCAGGGGAAAUUGAAAACAGAGCUAACAUAAGCAAAAUAUUUUGGUGCAGGGUUGCCAUUAAUCAGAGGCAGUGAGACUCUUAGUCUCUGUAAUGGUGUAUCUUAUGAAACUGGACUAAUUAACUCAUCCUUGAGAAUGUCUUUGAUGCCUUAAAGGAGAUGGACUCCAUAAUCUGUAGUCAUUUGACCAUUUCUUAAAGCAUUCAGAACUAUGUAGAGUGCUCUUAUUACAAGAGGCAUGUUUUUGCGGAUGUGGUUAUGGCUAUUUGCAAUUCCAUUAAUGUGAUAUUCAGAAUUUCAUAAAUCACUCUAAACUGAUUUGGCUGAUGCUUAAAUUUCAUGACUUCUUCUGAAGCGAUUGUCUAGCCAUGCUGAAUUAUACAAAUAGUCCCAGAACUGGUAAAGCCUCUAUCUCACGCGUGACAUAUUUAACCUACUUGAGUUGUAAUAAACCUUAAACACAAUUGAAAAUAAAUUAUUAGUAUCUAUUUUCUGUUUGCUUUAAUCUAUAGUUUAAAAUGACUGUGCAGCUGGUAUAAAUCAAAGAAGUGCAAAACUUUGGCUUUGAUUCUGCAAGGUAGGUAAUGUCUAUUCUUAAGCCUUUAGAUGCUUUGCAGAACGGAGGCUGAACCUUCAUGCUAUCUAAUGUACUGUUGCUCCAUUCUUCCCUGGCCCUUGUGAGUGUAAAGGUGAUAUUUUGAAUGUUUUACUUGCACUGAUUAGCAGAGCUAAAGAGGCUUGCAAAGCAUCGCUGGCUUGUGUUGAAUCUCUAGCAUAGUGGUUAGCUUAUCUUUACUUCCUCUGAGUUCUGAUUGGCAUUAUCUACUGUAGCAUUUGUUGAAGUUAAUGUGAAAACUUAAACCUUGGGAAGUGAUGUGGACUUAACUCCUCCAAGCAACAACUGUGUUUUGUGGGUGUGUUCUUGAAUCAAAUGAAGCCCAUGUUCCUGUAGUAAUAAACUGAGUAAUAAAACUGAGUUUCACUAUA